AUGAAGAUCCCUCUACUCGACGCCCUCUGUUCUUCUUUCUUAUCCAUCACCAACUCCCUCCUCCCAAACCCACCGUUCAGCAAUUUUCAGUUUACACAAAAGCCAGAAUACAACAUGGCGCCGGGACAACUACCUCGCCCACCACGGCAACCGAACCAUCCACCUUUUCCUGACCCGACUCAACACAAGGGGCAGGAACGGGUGCAUCGCCUGUCUUCGGAAGCAUACCAAGCAUUCCGCCUUCGCAUGGAUAUGCAACAUCAAUUCUGGCUCCAGCGUACCAAGGACCACUUCCAUCAACUUAUCAUGUGGGCGGAGCGUCAACCGUCGAACGGAACCGUGCGCAAGGUCGAACGCCCCAAUGACGAGGAUCGUUUUGCCGUGGCCUAUGGCACCGGCCCUGAUCCUGAUUUACGGGAUCUACUGGAGAUCAUCUUCAUCAACCAUGGCGAGGUGAGCUUGCAACAUGAUGGUCGCGAUUCAACUGGCAAGCACUGGAUCAAAUGCUUCGGUAAAAUGCAACCAGGUUCUCUCGAGCGACCCACCGAAAAAGCCAUCGUCUGCGUUUCUUCAAAGCUGGAAAUGGCGACCGUCCCGCGACCUCGGACACGGGGGGUGCCCGGAAAAGGGAAGGAAAAGGCGACACGUGAUGGCGAUGAGUGGCCUCCUCAAGUCCCAGGCGUGGUGAAGGGAGCUCCUGAAAAUUUGUUUUCGCUACCGUGGUUCAAGCAGUUACCCUGGUUGGAGCCCGGUGUGGCGGAAGUGCUUCGAGAGAAGAUGGAGGCCGAAGAGUUUCAGGCUGAGCGCUGGGAGCAGUUAGCGAGGAGACGUCGAAGGGGUUGA